AGAUACAUCGCGCAGCUGACACAAAAGCAGAAAGGAAAACUUCAUCAUUUAUUCACAAUUCACAGAAUAUUUAGAAGACGAAACAAAAAGAUAUUAAAACUCAAUAAUUCUUAUUUGUAUAGUUUUAGUUAAAGUUUAUUCAUUGCAGUAAAAAUAUAAAUUUAAAUAACUUAUUUCUUUACUUUAAGUUUCUGUUCAAAAAUUAUAAAUGUGAAAAUAGUUUCAAUACUUAUUGGAUGUAUGUUAUCUUCUGUGGGAAAUUAAUUAAAGAUGAUUCAAGCUUCAAUGAUCAAAGAUCACAGUGAGGUCUGAAAACACCUUAAUUCCAAAAAGUUUUGUGUGUUUGGAACUCGCGUAUAACGUCAUGGAUGAUAACAUCAGCACGAAUUCGUCGACUGAUUCUAUAAGCACAAGUGGAGAAUACGAAAUUGUCACUGAUAACCCAAUGAACACAACCAAGACAAGCAACGUCAACAAUAAGUCGCCAACUCUAGAUAUACCCAAUAACGGUGAUUUUCAUGAUUUAAAAAACGACAUGACUGAAGCAAUUCGCGAGCUAGAACAAACAGAUCUUAUUGUUUCAAAGUGCGACUAUGAACUUCUGAAUGAUUUGUGUGUGGAUAGGACAACAGAAACAGAAACUGAUACUGAAACAGAAGCGAUGGCAUUUUGUCAAUUAAACAACGGACGUAAUUCGAUGGAAGUUAAAGCCUGCAUUUUGGAUGCUAUUAACGAUGAGAAUGCUGUAAAUAACAAUAUUAUGAUGAAUGAUUCAGGUCUUAUGCAAGAUACAGCUUCAUGUAAUGCCGCAAAAUUGGCACAGAAGUCGUUGACACUUCCUUUAGCCGGAACAUCUAAAGCGACAGACACACCAGCAACACAGUUGGGUACUCAAACUCUUGGUCGCCAUGGGGGUGGACUGCUAUCACCUAAAUCGAAUAUUUCAACACCCGAUGUGAAUAAGGUUGGUCAUUCAGUGUUUUAUGAUUGCAUCGAUGGCAGUCCAGCAGGAGGAGAAAAACAAGAUGAUAUGAAACCGGAAAAAAGUGAUACUGACGAAGAAGUUUCAGAUAUCGACCAACAGGGAUGCACCAUUUUCUCUGGCGUCACAUACUUGGGAGCAGCCAACAUAAAUGCACCAAAGUCUGAGUUAGACAUUCACCGGAUAAUGUGUGAUUUAAACACAGGAUCGAAUUCAGUUGGCCUUAAAGUUUCUGUCAGCAUUCCCAAUUGUUCUGAUGGCCUUGUCAUACUCUAUGACGCAGAAAAUAACUCACUUAUAUCGUCAUAUGAAGUACAAACCAUAAUAUUGUAUUUCCGUGGACCAGUUGAGAGUACCGAACGUAGUUGUUUUGCUUUCACUUGGUUGUAUGGUGAAUCCUUGUUCCAAUGUCAUGUAUUUCGAUGUCACAUACCAGAAGCAGUUAACCAAGUUAGUGCUUGUUUUACCAAAGCUUUUCGACGUUAUCCAUCCAGUCUGACGUGUAGUGUCACCUCUGCCGUCGAUAGUAUAAUGAUUAACUCAAUAACAUCGGACAUAAGUGGCAAUCCAAUAAAUGCAGCCGGCUAUGAGUUUAUAGUUUCUCUCGAGAUCCGUGAGAAGGUGGCGAAGGCCUAUUGUGCGGUGCCUCGAGGUGAUAGAUCAAGCUUCAAAUUGCGUUGCAGGACCGACAAAGAAGUGUGUAUCACAGUAAAACAGGCUGCAUCGGCAACACUUCAGCCACUUUUCAUUGAGAGAUGCUUUGGAGUGCUCAUUAGUCCGGGCAAGCUUGUCCGUCAGGCUGAUAUGCAAUUACUCGAUAUGGUAUCGAUGGGAUACCAAGUCGCUAGCACCGACAACCAAACUCCCUUAACACUAAAUCCCUAUCAAAUCCGUGCCGAAUGGAAAGCCAGCGAUAAAGCUUUUGAACAACUCAACUAUGAAUCCAACAAAACGUUCCUUACCGUAGCUGUGGACCUUGUUAUUCGGGGAAUACAGGAACCUGUUCGAUUUGUCAUUGAAACUCCGGUCAUAAUACAGUCACAAACUGAAAUUCGUAUAAUGGAUCAUUUCACAUCCAAGCGUCCCAUGUCGUUGCGUUUCUAUUUACAUUUAAAGAAAACCGAUGAGGCCUCCUGGGAGGUUGCAUCUAUUGAUCCCUCAGAGGAGAUACUCGAACAAACUUCCCAGUCGUCUCUUCUCAAAUUUGGCAUCAAUAAUCUAUCGCGAAUGGUUCGAUCGUCAAGUGUUGUAUCAAUUGAAGAUGAUUGUCCAACUGAUUAUAGUUCAGAUGGUGAUGAACCGUUGCUGAGUGGAACCGGUGAGGUUUCCAAGGAGUGCUCACAGUAUACCUUAGAUGAAUGGGAUCCGAUAUUAAAAGAAUGGGACACCGAGAAGAGACCUAAAAAUCUGGCUCCGCUUGUGAGGCUCGGAGUUCCCGAGGCGCUUCGAGGAAAAAUUUGGCAAAAAUUGUCAAAUGUUGAAGGCAAAAUAGAAAUGACCGAUAUGUACAGGACUUUGAUAACAGAAAAAACAAAAUGUGAAACAGUAAUCCAGCGAGACAUCCACAGAACAUUUCCUGCUCAUAAGUGCUUCAAGGAAACUGGUGGAUCAGGGCAGGAUGCACUUUUCAAAGUGUCAAAGGCAUACGCCGUGUAUGACAGUGAGGUUGGCUACUGUCAGGGUCUGAGCUUCAUUGCUGCCAGUUUAUUAUUGCACAUGCCUGAAGAAGACUCAUUUUGUGUACUGGUCUCACUAAUGUACGACUAUCGUCUGCGAGAUCUCUACAAACAAGGCUUUGAAUCUCUCUACCUCCGAUUGUUCCAACUUGACCGCCUUAUUCGAGAGCAUUUGCCCAAGCUGCAUGAGCAUUUCGAACGAUGCGGUGUCGAAACUCAUAUGUAUGCAUCACAGUGGUUCCUCACCUUAUUUACAGCACGAUUCCCAUUGUGUUUUGUAUUUCAUGUCCUUGAUGUAUUCCUACUCGAUGGAAUACCAUUGCUUUUCCAAGUGGCCAUCACUUUGCUUUCAAUUUGCGAAGCUGAAUUACGUCAACUCGAUUUCGAAGGCAUACUAAAGUAUUUCCGUGUCACAUUGCCCAAAAAAUGUCGCAGCUCUAGUCAAGCCCGUAAAAUUAUGAAAAUGGCUUGUGAACGUAAAGUCAAGAAACUAAAACAAUACGAAGAUGAGUUUUUCAUUCAGAAAAAGAAUGAGGAACGCAUUGAAAAGGAGGCACAAAUCUACGAAGCGAAAUUUGGCGAGGAACGAAAGAAAUUCCAAGCUGAAAUUGUUCAUUUGCAAAAGAAAAUCGAGGAGAACAAUGAAAAAGCUAUGCAAACCGAAAAGACACACACUGGAAUAACUCAUGAUUAUAAACAAAUCAUACAGCGCCAGGAAGAGGAAAUAUCAAGGCUUAACAAAGUCGUUGAUGGGAUGUCGGAAACAAUAACAAAAUGUAGCGUGUGCUCAGAAAGUAUUGAAAAGGAUUCGUCCCUGAGAAACGUUCUGAAGUCACAAAAGAAGCCGACCGGAGAACCUGCACUAGGACCUCUCGAUCCCUUCAAUAUAGCCACACAAAGGAUACGCGAGUUGGAGCUAGAACUUGCUCAAGCAAAACUCGCCCAGGUCGAGGCCGAAUGCAAGAAUCAGGAUCUAAACCAUCAACUGAAUGCCACCCUCUCAGAAAUUUCAAACAACCGAAGCAGCUGGCAACCAUGGCUGUCAAAGACUUUCAAUUCUAUACAGGAAAAGGUUACGACGAGGCGCGAUGCCCCCACAUUCCAGUCGUACACGAAUACAGGUCCCGAUGAAGGCAGCAAUCAGGAGACUAGGGCGGCAUCAAUGGAACAUUCUCCAAAAAUGCCCCUGAAAUUCAACAAUGUCCUUGCUCGCAAUAGUAUUGAUAUUCUGCCUAGGGAACGGCCCAUUCUGAGAGAUACACUGAGUUUCAGUAAUUUGAAAUAACAGCUGCAGCAGGGUGUCGAAUCUCCUCGCAGUAGAAUCCUAUCACAAUAAACGUUGGCUGGCUGGACAGAAAUCAAAAAAAGGAAUACAUUAUCAUAUAAUUGUCGUUUUGCCUGGAAAAUGAUAUGGGAAUCAACAUUUUAAUUUAUUUUUUAUUUAAUACUUACAAAAGAUAAGUUUAUAGGUGCUCCGAUAUUAUUAUUUUCGUUACAAAACAAUUUCCUCCGUGCAGGUAGAGAUUGUUUUCAACUACUUCUUAGCUAAUUAAGUUUUAAGAUUGCCUAGAUUUGAAUUCACUUUUAAAAACCAAAACAAAAUCAGCACAAGUUAAAUGUGUGCACUUGUUUGAAAAGAAAAAAACCAUAAAGAAUAUAAUUAUAAAUGAAAUCAUAUUUCUUUUUCCUAUUUUAACAGUAUGGGCUAUUCGUAUAUAUAUUUUUGCACUUCAACUGGAUAAUUAUUAUCAAAUCAUUAAAAUAUUAAAAACAAAACAAAAAAAAAAGCAUGAACAAAAAGAUGUGUAUAAAAAAAAAGAAUAACUGCUGCAAAAUAUUUAAAUGUAUGUAAAGUUACUUAAAAUGUGUAAUCUAAACAAAGAUCUGUUUGCAAAUAAAAGUAUUUGAUUUCCCAUGCUUAAA